CUUGGCCUGCUCGACAACCUCCCGGUGGAGUUAUUUCUCAACAUCCUCGAAUCUCUGGAUUUCCCGUCGCUCUCCCGACUUUCGCGCGUUUCCCUGCGAGCCAACAGCGUCGUCCUGAAUCUACCGGCUUACAGGAUCGUCAUGAAACACGCCGCGGGGCCUUUGGCGGUGCUUACGAAAACCGAGCUACUCCCAUAUCACUCAGCUGCCCAGCUUAGCAAGGCGCUACGGUCUUCGCAGUGCGUCUUGUGCCAACAGGUCGCCGCGUUCCUCUUUCUGCCGACCUGUGAGCGGGCUUGUGGCAAUUGCCUGAGCCGGAAGCUGGCGUUUGCUCUCGCUCUUCCAGACCAAGUCGCAGACUAUUUCGGCCUAAGCAAGGACAAAGUUGCAACCCUCCCGGCCUUGGUCGCGAUCAGAGGCGACUACUACGCGGAUCCUCAACGCGUAACCCACCAGGCCAUAAUGACCAUUCCAGUCGCCGACGAGUAUGUAUUCGUCAGCGUCAUGCAAGCAAGGGAGUUAGCCCUGCGGCUCGGAACUUGCACCAACCCCAUGGAAUUCUGGAGGUUCGAGAGGACCAACCCCUUUUGCUUCUGGGCCGAGGAGACGUUGCCAUACGAAGUUAAUUCAUUAGAUGACUCAGCCGAAGAAGAAUAUCCAUCGAUAGAUCCGGAGUAUAUGCUCCCGCACAUUGCCGAUGCAGAUUUCCAAUCAGCCCUCACGGUCGGCCUGAGUCAUGUCCGCUUCCCCUCUGUCGGCCCAGACGGACGUGUGGAAUACGGACAAUGGUGCCGCGGGUGCAUUGACAUGCUGGAGUGCUUCAUGGACAGCGUGUUACCGGCGGAAAUCGUGGAGCAAGCGAGGAAGGACGGGCUCGGCGGCUGCCCGGCAACCCACUUCUGGUCCCACGCCAGCCGCCUGUGGUCAAGCGACAGUCUUCGGCAACACGUUGUCAAUUGUCAUGGUAGGAGGAUAAUUUGGCGGAGGUGGGAGGAGGUCCUCGACCAGAUCAGGCAGGGCGGAUUUCGGCUCAAGAAGAGAGCGCUCAAGAAGGGGGUCAAGAAGAAAGCGCUCAAGAAGAAAUCGCUGAAGUAG